GCGCGAGCCGAUUGCUUGCCGCGCCUUGAGGGCCGUCACCGCUAGCUCAGUCGGCGCUUUGCGGGAGCGGCUAACAGCGCGCCUGAAGAAUGGCUGCCAGAGGUAACUUAAAAUUAGGAAGCGUUUGAAAAAAAAGGCUGAAAAGGGAAGUUUCGGUGUAUUUUCGUGCCUUGGUGACGUGUGGAGCGGGGGGGGCGGCACCGAGCAACGCCGCGCGGGUGUUGCAUCAACCGGGUGGGCGGGGCCUCGAGGGGGAGCCCCGCCCCCUGCGGCGAGGCACCGCCCCUUUCCCCGCGAGGCUCCUCCCCCUUUCCCCGCGCCGGCGCCAAGAGCCGGACGCCCGGUUCCCCCCCGCCCCGGCUAUAAGGCGGCGGCGGCGGCUUCGCCCCCCUUUUCCCACCCACCCGCCCCCCACUUCUCCCUUCCCCGUGGUCUGGGGUCUUCCGGCAGCGGCUCGGGGAUGCAUGCGGCCAUCGCGAGACUGGGGGGGCGGCGGCAGCCCCCCCUGGCGCUGGCCCCCCUGGCGCGGGGGCUGGGGCUGGGGGCGGCAGGGUCGGAGCUGGGGGCGCUGCCCCCCAGCGUGCGCGCUUUCGUGGAGGAGGGCGCCCGCCUGUGCCGCCCCCGCGCCAUCCACGUCUGCGAUGGCUCCGAGGCCGAGGGCGCCGCGCUGCUGGCACAGCUCCAGGCCGACGGGCUGCUCCACCCCUUGCCCAAAUACGACAAUUGCUGGCUGGCGCGGACGGACCCACGGGACGUGGCGCGAGUGGAGAGCCGCACGGUGCUGGUGACUGAGCGGGAGCGGGACGCGGUGCCGCCCAGCACCCCCGGUGCCCCCCGGCAGCUGGGCAACUGGAUGAGCCCCGCGGCGCUGGAGCAGGCCGUGGCGGAGCGCUUCCCCGGCUGCAUGGAGGGGCGGAUGCUCUACGCCAUCCCGUUCAGCAUGGGCCCCGUGGGGUCGCCGCUGGCCAAGGCCGGCGUGCAGCUCACCGACUCGGCCUACGUGGUCGCCUCCAUGCGCAUCAUGACACGCGUGGGCGCCCCGGUGCUGCGCGCGCUGGCCGACGGCGACGGCAGCUUCGUCCGCUGCCUCCACUCCGUGGGGCGCCCGCUGCCGCUGCAGGAGCCCCUCGUGAGCCAGUGGCCCUGCAACCCGGAGAAGACGCUGGUGGCCCACGUGCCCGACCGGCGCGAGAUCGUCUCCUUCGGCAGCGGCUACGGCGGCAACUCGCUGCUGGGCAAGAAGUGCUUCGCCCUGCGCAUCGCCUCCCGCCUGGCGCGCGACGAGGGCUGGCUCGCCGAGCACAUGCUGAUCCUGGGCAUCACGGACCCCGAGGGGCGCAAGAAGUACGUGGCGGCCGCGUUCCCGAGCGCCUGCGGCAAGACCAACCUGGCGAUGCUGACGCCGGCGGUGCCGGGCUGGCGUGUGGAGUGCGUCGGCGACGACAUCGCCUGGAUGAAGUUCGGCCCCGACGGCCGCCUGCGGGCCAUCAACCCCGAGACGGGCUUCUUCGGGGUGGCGCCGGGCACGUCGGCGCGCACCAACCCCAACGCCAUGCGCACGGUGCGGCGCAACACCAUCUUCACCAACGUGGGGCAGAGCAGCGACGGCGGCGUCUACUGGGAGGGGCUGGACGAGCCCGCGGCGCCCGGCGUCACCUUCACCUCCUGGCUGGGCAAGCCCUGGAGCCCCGGCGACCCCGAGCCCUGCGCCCACCCCAACUCCCGGUUCUGCGCCCCGGCCCGGCAGUGCCCCAUCAUGGACCCGGCGUGGGAGGACCCCGAGGGCGUGCCCAUCGACGCCAUCAUCUUCGGGGGGCGGCGCCCCCAGGGGGUGCCGCUGGUGUACGAGGCCUUCAGCUGGCAGCACGGCGUCUUCGUGGGCAGCGCCAUGCGCAGCGAGGCCACCGCCGCCGCCGAGCACGCUGGCAAGCAGCUGAUGCACGACCCCUUCGCCAUGCGGCCCUUCUUCGGCUACAACGCGGGGCAGUACCUGGCGCACUGGCUGGCGGUGGGCGAGCGGGCGGGCGCCCGCCUGCCCCGCCUCUUCCACGUCAACUGGUUCCUGCGCGACGGCGCCGGGCGCUUCGUGUGGCCGGGCUUCGGCCACAACGUCCGCGUCCUCGCCUGGGUCUGCCGCCGGGUGGACGGCGAGGCCGGCGCCCGCCCCACGCCCGUGGGGCUCGUGCCCCGGCCCGACGACCUCGACCUGGCCGGCCUGCCCGGCGUGGCCUACGACGACCUCUUCCCCGUGGAGCGUGCCUUCUGGGAGCGCGAGGCCCGCGACCUGCGCCGCUACUUCGAGGAGCAGUUCGGCCCCGACCUGCCCAAGGAGGUCCUGGGCGAGCUGGACACCCUCGAGGGGCGUCUGCGGAAGAUGUGAGGGGCCCCGUUCCCCCCCCCCCCGGCCCCGCCGGCGCCCCUCUGCUGCGCUGGCCCGGCCCCGCGUCCCCUCGGCCAACGUAUA